ACCCUUGAGGAAACGGCAACUGCCCUGCAGGAUCAGCAUUUGUCUCUGUCUUCAGUGGCGUUUUUGGAUCUCGGAGCUGCUGACCGUUUUGGCUCCAUCUCAAAAUGUUGACUUUUAUUCUCUGAGCGACCGGAAACAUGACCUUGUUACAACAAGCUGCUUAAUGGGCGCAUAGUUUGACGUCAAUUGAGUGCUUGGCCCGGCUAGUUGUCAUCCGCGUCACAGGGAAGAAAGGACGUGACAUGAAGCUAAAUUUUCCACAGAAGAGUUAUACAUGCGUCGUAACUUACUGAAAUCGCUUGACGAUUUGUUUUUUUUUUCUAUGUACCGCCUCAGUGGUACUCUGGUUUCGAUAUCUGGAAGAAGCUAUAGCUAGCUAACCGACGUGCUAGCUUGAAACAUAUUGUUUAAAGUCAGCGACUUCAGACUUGAAUCAUGGCGUUAAUCUUGUUUACGAGGUCUCGAGCACCUUUAAUGAAAACGUCCCGGUCGUUAAAGAACGAAUUUCGAAAGGGUAAAGAGAAACUAAAGGACGGACCCUGUUUCAACUGCACAACCCUCAGACUUGCCAGUCAAAAACUUGACGGGCUCAGACUUGGCAGCUUGACCCAGUUGUCUUCGUUCGGUCCUUCCAUCCCCUUGUCAGAUGAAUACUCUGGACCCUGUCAGAGUGUAGACCCACAGCGGAUCUACUGUGCUUUAGUAGCGGGGGCCUCGACCUCGCCAUACCCUGCCAUCACAACAGGGUCCCAGUGGACAAUAGCACGACCGCAAGACAUCCCUGGGGUCAGGUGGAUACACACCUCCAGGAGAAGAUGGGACGACUCAAAGGUGGAGAAGUCUCUGCGAUUGUUAAAAGACAAGAAGAAGAAGCUGGAGGAAGGAGGGCCAGUGUACAGCCCGACGCUGGAUGCAGAACCUGCCAGAAGGACGCUCCGUCAGCGGGUCCUCGAUGAAAUCAAGCACUACUACCACGGCUUCAGGCUGCUGUGGAUUGAUACCACCAUUGCUGGGCGAAUGCUGUGGAGGGUGCUGAAUGGUAAUCCCCUGUCCCGCCGAGAGAGGAGACAGUUUCUCAGAACGUGUGCAGACGUCUUCAGACUGCUUCCCUUCCUGGUGUUCAUCAUUGUCCCGUUCAUGGAGUUUCUUCUUCCUGUAGCUUUGAAACUUUUCCCCAACAUGCUGCCGUCCACCUUCGAGACACAGUCAAAGAAGGAGGAGAGAUUGAAGAAGGAGCUGAGGGUCAAACUAGAAAUGGCGAAGUUCUUGCAGGACACCAUUGAGGAGAUUGCACUGCGGAACAAGGCUGCCAAGGGCACAGUGACAGAGGAGUUCUCCACCUUCUUUCAAAAGAUUCGUGACUCUGGGGAGCGUCCCAGUAAUGAACAGAUCAUAAAGUUCUCCAAACUGUUUGAGGACGAGCUGACUCUGGACAACCUGACCCGACCUCAGCUGGUGGCUCUCUGCCGUCUCCUGGAGCUCCAGUCCAUCGGGACCAACAACUUCCUUCGCUUUCAGCUCAUCAUGAAGCUCAGGGCCAUCCGUGCAGAUGACAAGCUAAUAGCAGAAGAAGGAGUGGAGAGUCUGAAUGUGAACGAGGUCCAGGCAGCCUGUCGUGUCAGAGGGAUGAGGUCUCUCGGAGUCACAGAGGAGCGACUGAGAGAGCAACUGGUCCAGUGGCUGGAGCUGCAUCUGAACCAACAGAUCCCCACAUCUCUGCUUCUUCUGUCUCGAGCCAUGUACCUCCCCGACACUCUGUCUCCUGCUGACCAGCUGAAAACCACUCUUCAAACACUCCCUGAAAUGGUGACCAAAGAGGCCCAGUUAAAAGUGGCUGAGAUAGAGCUUUCCAAAGUGGACAAUAAGACCAAACUGGAGACGAUGCUACAGGAGGAGGCAGCUAUACGGCAGGACACCAAGGACCGGGAGAUGGAGAGGCUGGCUGAUGCUGCAGAGAAAGCUGCCCGGGAGGUUGAGAUGGAGCUUGAAGCAAGUCGGAUGAUGCACAGCGAGGCAAAUCCAAUAUUGUCUAAAGUUAACGGGGCAAAAGAGACGCUGAGAGACACCGCUCCUGUUAUUGAGGGGAUCAAGGGUGAGGAGAUUACCAAAGAAGAGAUUGACAUGUUGAGUGACGCCUGCUCAAAGCUGAAGGAGCAGAAGAAGCUGCUGACUCUGGAGAAAGAGGAGCUGGAGGAGCUGAAGGACGAUGUCCAGGAAUACAACGAGGACCUGGAGGAGAUCAAGAAGGAGUUUUCUAAGACGGGUCAGGAGAAGGCCAUAGAGGAGUCAAAGGCCAGCCAGCGUCUCUCUAAGAGGGUGACCCGCAUGAUCGGCCGCAUCGACAAGAUCAUUCUGGAGCUGGAGAAGGACAAGGUCAUCCUGGACGGACAGGUGGACAGUGGCGCCACUCCACCUGUUGGAUUAUUCUUUACUAAAUAUAGUGAUGCGACAAGUCUGUUCUACACCUUCAGGGAGAACCUGAUCAGCAUCGACGAGCUCAUCGCCGUCAUGCGGCAGAUCCAGAACAUUCCUGAGGACAAGCUGCAGAGGAUUGCCGAGGCCCUCGAUGACAACAAAGACGGAAAGAUCGACAUUGAUGACGUCAUCAAAGUGGUUGAGCUGAUCGACAAGGAGGACAUCGACAUCUCAACCUCGCAGGUAGCUGACAUCAUGGUGAUGCUGCAGAAGGAGGAGACGCUGAUUGAGAAGGAAAAGGCCAAAGAGAAGGCUGAGAAAGAACAGGCAGCUACACGCAACAGCUAACUCCUUUUCAUUUCAAACACGGAGUACUUGUAAAAAAUAAAUUAAUUAAUUAAAGGAAUUUAAUUAAAUAAAGUAAGAAAAAAAAAAGAAAAAAGGUCCACUGAGAAGUUUGUGGGUGGUUUCUGGCCACAGAGAACUCUGCACUAGUUAAGGGAGAAUCACAGGUUUACGGCUUCCUUCUGAAAGUUAGCUCCUUAAGAUUGUUGAAAAAUCAAACCAGGAGGCUUAUUGCCUUUAAAAUCCACAAAGUCAACCUGAAAGAUGAUCACUUUUAUCUUCUAUUAUCUGGAGUAAUAAUGCACAAGAUGUAGAUGCUUGAUUUUGUGUAAUAAUUUAUUUAAACAGGAAACACAAUAACGUGGAGCCACGGUUGCUCUCACAACUUUAGAGUCAGAGAAUAUAUAUAAAUAUAUAUAUAUUAUUAAUUUCAUCAUGUCAUUAUCUUAGACAACUGAGAUGUUAUUUCUGGAUUUUGCACAGUAAACAUAUUGUCAUUAUGGUCAUUCCAGUUUAUUUUCUUCUCUUUGUUCAUCCAUCAACCUCCUGUGUUUUAAAGAAACUUCAUUUUUUCUGGACUGUAUUUGGACUGGUUGCUUGUUGUGAACUAUUGAAUGUUUAAAUGAUAACUGCAACCAAAGACAUUAGACACAAGAAAAAUCAUAGAAAUCUAUUUGGAAUUGGAAAUCGGUGCAGGUUUAAAGCUUUGCUUUUUAAAAUAAUCCUAAAAUAAAUCAGAUUUAGUUUCAUCAUCAUGCUAAUACCACCUCCUUGUAUUGGGUUGGUCCAUUUAAAACUCCUCCAGCCUGUCUGGGAAUGAGCACAGCGGUAAUGUAUCCUUUAGGUCCUGUUGGUAGCAGUGUGGAGUCUCCAUUGUAUCCCACAGAGGCUCGAUUGAAUCAGGAAUUUGGGGUUUAAAGGCCAGACCAACAGAUAAGGCUCUGUUGUGUUUAAUGGAUUAGAUUUCUUGUUGCAUGUUGUGACGUGUUGCUCUGCAGGGUAAUGCUGCAGCACGUUUCACUGCAUCGUGACCAGAUGAUCAGUGUUAUCCAAGUAAAGUUGCACUUUUAGUGACAGAUUCAAGUUAUUUUUUAAAAUGAACAAAUACACCAGCAGACACUGACUGACACGUUCAAGCUGUCAGGAUCAUAGAGACACUAAACGCACCGCCAACCAAAUAAAUGUCAGCUGCUGCAGUGACUGAAUUUCUCUUUGUACCAGCUGGUUUCAGAAGAUAGCAGAAAGCUGUUGGAUGUUGAAAGUGGCAGUUUGUGAAUGCAAAGCAGUUUAGUGCAGGAGCUGUAUAAUUAUGGUAGUCUUAGCCUGUACAGGUUAAACGCACAGUGGCCUUCUCAUGAUACAUAAAUUGUUCAUGUACUGUAUAUUUAUUUUUUCAUAUUUUAAGGAGAUUAUAAAGCGCUUAUUUUUUUUCCAUUGAUAUAUUUAAGUAUUUUUUCCCGUUUUUGGCUGAAGAAUUUUAAUUAAUUUGUCUGUAGAUGAGAUUAGUUUUACACACAAAACAAAGAUAUGUAGAUUUUUGGUGAUCUCUGCACUGUAGUCAUGCAUGUCUGAGGGUUGGAAUCAAGGAUUCAUCAGGACUGAUGCUUAUAAUUUCCGUUACCUGUAUCCACAUACCUGUUGAUGCAUUUUCCCCAAAUAAAAAAACCUACAUAAAUUAGUCAUGAUUAUGAAGAAAAGUUCAAACAUCAGAUUUUGUUGAUGGCAGUGUUAAGAGUUAAUCUACCUCUGCUGAGUGUUGGCUCAUGUUUAAACUAAUGCCAGCUCUUUGCUGUCCCUCCACAGUAACUAGAGAUGAUCCCAUGUGUAAACGGGGAUGACAGAGUGGUACUUGACAUAAAGCUGAGUGGAUGAUACUCCACUUAAUCUGUUCCUGGAAUCCUAUCCUAAAUGUGGAUGAUUAAGAGCUUGUUCGUCUUCCAUCGGGUGUCGUCCAGGUUCAGCUUCUGUGCCGAGGGUUCAGCGUCGCCUGGGACCAGUCAGGCUGAUGGGUGCAGGGUAAACACUCGCCCCAUACAUGGGCCAAAGCUAGCUUUGCUGGAGGGUUGUGUUUAGGUUAGAGAUGCUCCAGGGGGGAACAUGGCAUGUGCUGUGCAGCAUUAAUCAGCGGCCAGUGUAAACAUGUCAGGAGACGUUACAACAUCUCAGCUGCACUCAGCUGGGGAGGCUGAUGUCUGUGUCCGUCUGCAUCCUGACAGGUAGAACUCAGGGGAGCACGGCGGAUAUGAACCGCAGCGCUACUGUCUGUCGGCAUGGAGAGGUUAAUAGUCACAGGAAGGAGAGACUGGACCUGACAGGAUGUCAGUGUGACAGUGUGAGGGUCACCAUCUUUGGGUAUUUAACAACAAACUGGGUCAUUUGAACAUAUUUGUUUUUAUACAUGCAUUUAGCAUAGAGGAAAUCGGAUAAUUCUCACAUUUAUUAAGCUAAAACCACAGAGAUGUUCUCAUUUUACUUUUAGAAAUUACUUUAACUAAUCACUUGUUUGCUUCUGCAGGCCCACAGUUGUUUGCUUUGUCCUAUUCUUUUAGCUACUUUUUGUUAUUAUAGAUCACACAGAAAGAGGAGAAAAAGCAGAGGUUCUCUGUCCGGUGUAAAUGCAAUAGACAGUUAUGUUACAGUAGAUAUGGACUAAUUAAUAGAGUGACUCAGGGUGUGAAUAUUCAGAUUGAAGCGGUGCAGCAUCGGCCUUGGCAGGGAGGCUGAGAGCUGCAAACUGCGAUAAAAACCGUCCUCUUAAGGUUUCCAGUGAGUUUUGCGAGUGCACACGUGGAUGUGUGUUAGAGAAACAAGUAUCCAUGUACCCUUCUUAAAGUGAUUUUUUUUCUCUCUUUUUAGGCAGAAAAGGUGUGUUUAACUUUUUGAAAAGACAUUGCUUGUUCACAAUCCUUUUUAAGGAUGUAUAUUCCCCGUUAUCAGGACAAAAAUAGAGCUUUAUGAUCUCAGUACAAGUGGCUGUUUUUCUGCUUCCAUAUAGGGGAUGCUUUGCUACUGGGGGUUAUGUGUUAAGGUUGAAUUUUGAGACAUAUCCAAGUAUCUUUGAAUUGGUCCUUUUUAACGCUAGAGGGAUGAUGCUGUUUGUAGAAGAUAUAAAAGAUUUGUUUAGUCUGUAACUGGGAAAAAAAGCAGCUGCUGCAAAUGAAAACCAACAGGAGCAGAUUUAUGCAUUCAAACCGCAGUACAGCUCCCAUUUAAAAAAAAAAAAAAAAAAAAAAAAAAAGUUAUCCACAGUCGUGCUUAGAAACGGAUGUAAAGUGGGAUUUCUGUUGCCUUCUGUGAGUUGCACUAAUAUUCCUGCUGGACCUUUAUGUCACCAGUGUAGCGACCGUGUCUGUGGCAGUGUGUUUCCGUACGUUGAAACUAAACUUACCAAAGACUAAAAUCUCCCACCAUCAUCAUUUCCCUUCAGUUUCUUCCCCUUCACGUUUUUUCUGAACAAAGUGAAGAUAGAAUUUCAGCCCCAGCUGUUGUUAGCUCACAUGACAUUUAACCACUUUGAAAUUUAGUUCAUGACUAAUUAAAUGAGACUGAAAUCAGGAAAAGUUUGCUAUGCUUGCAGUUUAAUAUUUGAUCAGAUUUUGUUUUUGAAAUCACAUCAAAGUGAAUCUUAGGGAGCGACUCAGCGUAAACUAAAGGUGGAGUUUGUUGUUUAAUGCUAUUUAUUUAAAAAAUUCCAUCGUAUUCAUCCCAGUGUGGAGACAGGAUGAUGUUCAGGACAUGAUGUGAAGAGGUACUGGAUCUGAUUUUAAUUAAACUUGAAUCUCAAAUGUAUAAUCUGAAUAAUUUUUCUUUUUUUUUCAUUUUUUUGUUUCUGUAAUAAAAAGUAUCAUUUGCAAAAUAAGGUGUUAAAUAAAUUGUGGAUGAUCUUCUA